CGUUUACGCUGAGUUUGGACUCGCAGAGGCUGGAGUUCAGUGUAGAUACGUAAACUACGCUCGGGCUGUUCUCAGCGUGAGAGGCUCUGCUGCUGAAAAGUGCAGGAAAAGUUUGGAGUUUGCUGAACUGUUGAAUUGAUUCUCCAGAAACAGGGAGAGAAAUCUCAGGAGACUCCACAGAAAAUGCCAGGACAGAUUAUCAGCGGGAAGGAAGUCUCUGCUCAGGUGAGAGAGAGGCUGAAGAAGGAGGUGGAGGCCAUUCUGAAGCAAGAUGCAAACUUCAGACCAGGCCUGGUGGUGCUUCAGGUGGGAAACAGAGACGACUCCAAUCUGUAUAUCAGUAUGAAGCUGAAAGCUGCUGCUGAGAUUGGAAUUAAUGCCACACAUCUCAGACUUCCUCAGACUGCUACUGAAGAUGAGGUCCUGCGGAGCAUCAGGGAGGUGAAUGAGAACUCGAGUGUUCAUGGACUCAUUGUACAGCUGCCUCUGGACUCCAUUCACCGCAUCGACACUGAGAAGGUCACCAACGCUGUAGCUCCAGAGAAAGAUGUAGACGGUUUAACAAGCAUAAACGCAGGAAAGCUGGCCCGUGGAGAUCUCGACAAGUGUUUCAUUCCCUGUACUCCUAACGGCUGCAUGGAGCUUAUCAAACAGACAGGUGUGUCUGUGCUAGGGAAAAGGGCUGUUGUGAUUGGCCGCAGUAAGAUCGUGGGCGCACCAAUGCACGACCUUCUGCUCUGGAAUCAUGCUACUGUAACCACCUGUCACUCGAGAACCGCUGACCUGGCUGCUGAGGUGGGAAAGGCGGAUAUUUUGGUGACUGGGAUUGGAAAGCCUGAGAUGGUGAAGGGAGAGUGGGUGAAGAAGGGAGCAGUGGUCAUCGACUGUGGUAUCAAUCAUAUUCCAGAUGACACGAAGGCGAGUGGGAAGCGAGUGGUGGGUGAUGUUGAGUUUGCCUCUGCUAAAGAGCAGGCAGCCUUCAUCACACCGGUUCCAGGAGGAGUCGGACCCAUGACUGUAGCCAUGCUUAUGCAGAAUACUGUUAUUAGUGCCAAGCGCUUCCUUCAGGAACAUAAACCAGGAAAAUGGAAUAUCUCUUAUACCAAACUCGACUUGCAGAGACCCGUUCCAAGUGAUAUCGUCAUCUCUCGCUCUUGCGUGCCGAAACCCAUCAACCACUUGGCGAGAGAGAUCGGGCUUCUCUCAGAUGAAGUGGAGCUGUACGGCAAGACCAAGGCCAAAGUUCAGCUGGAGACUAUUGACCGACUUCGGGCUCAAGCUGAUGGCAAAUAUGUUGUAGUUACUGGAAUCACUCCCACACCUCUUGGAGAGGGGAAGAGCACCACUACGAUAGGACUGGUGCAGGCUCUUGGUGCUCACCUCAACCGCAAUGUGUUUGCUUGUGUACGCCAACCAUCUCAAGGCCCCACAUUCGGUAUUAAAGGUGGCGCUGCUGGAGGUGGUUAUUCUCAAGUUGUUCCUAUGGAAGAGUUUAAUCUGCAUCUCACCGGUGAUAUCCACGCCAUCACUGCUGCCAACAACCUGGUAGCUGCUGCUAUUGAUGCUCGGAUGUUCCACGAGGCGACUCAGUCUGAUAAAGCACUUUUCAACCGCCUUGUUCCACUAAGUGGAGGCCAGAGGAGGUUCUCUCCCGUACAGAUCAACAGACUGAAGAAACUGGGAAUAGAGAAGAGUGACCCCACCACGCUCUCUGAGGAGGAGAUCACACGCUUUGCCAGGUUGGAUAUCGACCCCGAGUCUGUCACCUGGCAGAGAGUGCUGGACACCAAUGAUCGCUUCCUGAGGAAGAUCACAAUUGGCCAGGCUCCUACUGAGAAAGGCCACACCAGAACCGCUCAGUUUGAUAUCACGGUGGCCAGUGAGAUCAUGGCUGUGCUGGCUCUCACCAGCAGUAUGGAGGACAUGAGGCAGAGGUUGGCUAAGAUGGUGGUGGCCACAAGCCGCAGUGGAGACCCCAUCACUACUGAAGACCUGGGUGUGUGUGGAGCGCUGACUGUGUUAAUGAAAGAUGCCAUCAAACCCAACCUAAUGCAGACACUUGAGGGGAAUCCUGUGUUUGUUCAUGCUGGACCUUUUGCCAACAUCGCUCACGGGAACUCCUCUAUUUUAGCUGAUAAGAUUGCUCUGAAGCUGGUGGGACCUGAAGGAUUUGUAGUGACGGAGGCAGGUUUCGGUGCAGACAUCGGGAUGGAGAAGUUCUUUAACAUUAAGUGUCGUUACUCUGGGCUGAGGCCUCAUGUAGUGGUGCUGGUGGCAACAGUCAGAGCGCUGAAGAUGCACGGUGGAGGACCAACUGUCACAGCUGGCAUGCCUCUACCAAAGGAAUACACUGAGGAGAAUCUGGAUCUGGUGGAGAAAGGCUGCAGUAACUUGAGGAAACAGGUGGAGAACGCUAAACACUUCGGGGUGCCGGUCGUUGUGGCAGUCAAUGCCUUCAAGACAGAUACUGAUGCUGAAGUGCAGCUGAUCUGUAAGCUCUCUAAAGAAGCUGGGGCGUUUGAUGCGGUGCCGUGCACUCACUGGGCAGAUGGUGGCGCUGGAGCUGUGGAAUUGGGAAAGGCUGUGCAGAAAGCUGCAGAGGCUCCCAGCAACUUCAGCUUCCUCUACAACACUGAGCUGCCCGUCGCUGAUAAGAUCAGAAUUAUUGCACAGAAGAUUUACGGGGCCGACGACAUCGAGCUCCUCCCAGAGGCUCAGCGUAAAGUAGAGCUGUACACAAAACAGGGUUUUGGUAAUUUGCCGAUUUGUAUGGCGAAGACCCACCUGUCUCUUUCUCAUGAUGCUGAGAAGAAAGGUGUGCCCACCGGUUUUGUUCUGCCUAUUCGUGAUAUUCGUGCCAGCGUGGGCGCCGGCUUCCUCUAUCCGUUGGUUGGCACGAUGCCGACCAUCCCAGGCCUCCCAACACGUCCGUGCUUCUACGACAUUGAUCUCGAUCCAGUGACUGGAGAAGUCAUCGGACUCUUUUAGAGGAGAGAGGAGACGCGUGUUGAGCCGUAAUGUGACCCACCUGUGUGCUGGAGAUGAUUUUAACAGUAAAAUUAAGAAGAUAAACCAGUAUUGUAAUAAGUGUUCUGAUGUUUUUUUUUCUGUAGUUUUCAGAUAGUCUUCCUAGUUUAGGAGUUUUUAGAUGAGGUAGGAUGGUGCUACUGUCAGCUUCAAUAAAAAAAAGGCAAGAGGAAUCUAAAAUUUACUUUCAGAAACUGCACACCUUUUAUUCCACCGUUAUGGUUUCCAUUUACAUUGGUUAGAUGAGUAGCUUUAUUUCAUUUAAUGUUCUUUAAUAUUAAUUUUGGAAUAUUAACACACACAUGUUUUGAGUUUUUUAAAUUCACAGUACAUCUGGCAGCACAUCCACGACACGUGCUGAAGUUUUGCACAAGAGCACGAUGAGUAAAGCCGGGAGUAUGUUCAUAAAACACAGGAGUGCUGAACUAUAACCAGGUGUCCAGGUGUUCACAUUCUUCUUCCUCUUAAAUACUGUAGAAAUGCAGCCUCUGGUGCUUCAUGCUCUCACAACUGCCACCUUUAUAGAACCUAGAAAUUCCUCUGGAAACUAUGAGAGCGUACAGUAAACAAGAACAUGACUAUUAUUAUGUUUCUGUUUAUUAUGUGUUUUUCUCUUCUUUUUUUUCUUUUGAGAAACAUUGUAGAAUAUCUUUAGCAAUACGAUACUACAACACACUACAUCCAUUUUAUCCACAUUGGACCACUGAGUUACCGUAUUUUUUGCACUAUACAGCGCACCGGAUUAUGAGGCAUAUUUUAUCCACCACUAGUAAGGCACAGGGGUGUCUCCAUUUUUUCCUAUUAAUUCUGCAGGGUUAGCGGCUAGCAAUUAACAGCUAAUGCAGCCCGACACAGCUACAAGGAGAUUGAUGAGGAACCCUGAGCGAUGUUAGCUAGCAGUUCGUCCCACGUAGCUUGUUUUAACACAGUAAACAUGCAGGCUACAGUCCAAUAUACUCUCCUCUGAACGGCGAAAAGCUAGCACUGUAGUUAGCGGCUAAUGCUAAGGCAGCUCCAGUAGUGCUAUCCAGGGUUGGCAGCAGGCAACAGGCUGAUAAUACUACCUUGGAACAGCAAAAGACUUAGCGCUUAGCACGGUUAGCGGCUAAUGCUAAUGCUGCUAGAAUAUAUUAGGAAUGACAUAAGGAGCUCCGGAUUAUGAGGCGCACUAAUGAUUUUUGCAAAAAAUUUAAGGAUUUUAGGUAUGCCUUAUAUUGCGAAAAAAUAUGGUAAUUAUGGUACAUAUAUAGUAAUUUAAAAAAUAUGGUCAUUAAAUUUCCACAUUUCCGAAUUUUCAAAUAACCUACAAUUAUUUAAAAAAAAAACUGGCAUUCAGUAUCUUAACAGAGCUAGUAUUAAUAAUAAUGAGUGCAAUCUUUUAUACUUUACCAAUGAAAUUAAUGACUCAAUGUGACUCAAACACUGGAGAAAUGUGAAUUUCUUUCUGUUGAACUGGAACAUUUCAAUAUAAUUAUCACUCUGUGAAAAAGAUGUUCCCAUUUAUUUCCAUCACAGAUGUGUUACAUGGAGAAUGUUUGUUGUGAUUAAAAAUGAUUAAUCCGUUAAUUGUCUUAAGCAUGAGUGAAGCCUUUUUUACUGGAUGUUCUGCAAUUAAAGUUGUCUUAUUUGUCUUAUAUCUUUCUUUUUGUGUAUAUUUGCAAUUGCUCUGUAAUCCGCCAUAAACUUGCUGUUUAAACUAA